AUGUUUGGUGGUUCCUUUACCAUACUUUCUCUACUAAUUAUUCAAUCUCAAUCCACGUGGAUCAAAGACAUAAACCUCCCUCGACAGUUAUUGGAAUACCAUGUCUCUUCUAACACCCACCUCCGAGACAAAUGUAUCAAUGACCCGGGAUGUAAAAUUGACUUGAACACGACGAAAUGUUUCGGCUUUGAAGAAGACUGCCAGAAAGAAAAUUCGUUGAGUUCAAGAAGCAAAUUCACAAGUUGUGACGAGAAUUUGAAUCCAAAGGUGAAAGACAAGUUUUUCGAGCAUGGAGAUUUCGGAUACCUGGAAUCUCGGUUGGUGAAACAUAGCAUUUGCUCUUCAAGUGAUAAGGAGUCCUCCUCCAGCCUUUCCUGCUCCGACCAUCUCACACAUUGCAUCGGAAGAAAUAUUUACUUCGACUUCUCCAAUCUCAAAAUCAAAACUUCUUCGAGAUACCGACAAGAUGUGAUCCAAGCCGGUCAAGUUGGUGGAAACUGUGAGAAUUUUGAUGAACAUUUACUGAAUGAUAACACAAAAGUGAAGGGAUACUUGAUGAGUUGGGCUGAUGAGUUGCAACAUUUCCGGUCGAAAGAUGAUUUCAAAAUUAAUAGCGAUCAUUGUGAUGUGAUAUUCGAAAGGCCUACUAUUGUCAUGAAACUAGAUGCAGCUGUCAAUUUAUAUCACCACUUCUGUGACUUCAUCAAUCUUUAUGCUUCCCUCCAUUUAAAUCAAACAUUCGACCAAGAUGUGGACAUUAUUCUAUGGGAGACUCAUCCAGGAGGCUACAACGACCACUAUUAUGGGAUAACGUGGAAAGCGUUUUCUAAACAUGAACCUAUUGAACUGAAAACUUUAGAUCAAAAACGAGUAUGCUUUAAAAAUGUGAUGAUGCCAUUGCUAGCUCGCCAGUGGAAUGGUCUGUUCUAUAACAGUCCGGUAGUUAACGGAUGCUCAGGAUCUACAUUAUUCAAAACAUUUUCGCAGUUUAUUUUGCACAGACUCGGAGUCAAACCGCAAAAGGCUGAAUUGGAGAAAGUGAGAAUUGUUAUCUUAUCGAGAUCUACUGCAUACCGGCGGAUUCUCAACAUCAAAGAGGUUGGUGAAAUGAAAAAAUGUUUAUAG